GAAUGGAAUGUUCAAAUGUGACUAACCGUAAAAUUCCCAUUCAUUACCGUAGCGUAAUUGGUUUCUAAUUGUCAUUAUGCAGAAAUUUAGUCCAGAAACUCUUAAAUCCGCAAGUUACGAGGAAGGGAUAAUAAUAUUUCUCUCAUCAGGAUAUAAGACUUCGCUCGGUAAAGAUGUUCAAGAAUUUUUCCAAAGUUGGCAAGCAAUGACUUCGGAGAGGCAAAGAGCAUUGAACAAUUGCAUGGAAGAAAGAUUAAAUGAAUCCGGCGUCUCUCUUUAUAAAUCUAUGAUUCGUGGUUUUGGAAUUUGGAAUGAAGCACAAGAGAAAAUUGGUGCACCUGGAUGGUGUGUUUCAGACAGUACAAUUCAUCACCUUUCGAAACAAAUGGAAACCAAACUUAUGAGCUUGUUUCAGUCUAUGGAUUUGAUUUGGUUCACAUAUCACAAGAAAAGUCCUUUAAACGACCCUUUUCUGAGAAAAGAGAAAGCACAACAAUCGUCAGUAACUGGUGCGGACUCGAAAAUUCAGGACAAUCCUCAAAGUUUUCCUGUGAAACUUGACGGAGUAAAAGUGGCAAAAGAUCUCUCUGAUUCUCAAAAGAUAAUUAGCAGGAUGUGUUUACAGAAAAGAAAACUUGCAAUGAGAAAUUUAUUGGCUGAGUCAACUCUCUUAAGUUCUAAAGUGGAUAAAGAUGCCUCAAAGUUUUUACCAGAUAGCGGAAAUAAGGAUAAAAAUGAGCGAACAGGUUCAUUUUCGAGAUCUAACUUUUCGGCUGAUCAAGAAGAAGACCUACUAGAAGCUGAUCAUCUACUGAGAAACUUAUGUCUGGAUGAUUGUUCAGUAGAUCCAGAUUUCGAAAAACAAAUUAGCCCUAUUAUUAGUGACGUGGAAGAACAAAUUUGAAAGAAUUUUUGACUGUUCCAAAAACGAAUCUCAAGAAUUCAAUAGUCUUUUUUUCAAUAUUUUUAUUUGUUGAAAAAUCUUGUCUUUAUACUCUAUGAAGUGUUUAUUUACUCUGUUUUAUUCUUAAUAUUACUUUAACGAUAAGAAAUAUUUAUAUUGCGUCU